AUGGCCACUCCCACCCUGGAGAAGGACACCCUCCAGCUUGGCCAGACUUCUUCCAACAACGAGAAGACCCCCUCUGACAUCAAAGUCGAGGUUGACUCGGUCGAGGAACUCGACUUGUACCGUCCGUUGAAGCUCGAUGACUCCAUUCCCCACGAGGAGUCCAUUCUUACCGCCCGUGCCGUCAUUGUCGGUAUCAUCCUUGGUGGCCUCGUCAACGCCUCCAACUUGUACCUGGGUCUCAAGACUGGCUUCACUUUCGGUGCUUCCAUGUUCGGUGCUAUCUUCGGAUAUGGAAUCCUCAAGUUCUUUUCUCGGACUAACCUCCCGAUCAUUGGCGGUCCCUUUGGUCCGCAGGAGAACUCCAUUGUCCAGGCCGCUGCCACGGGCUCUGGCGGUAUUGCCGGUCUCUUCGUCGCCGGUCUUCCUGCCAUGUACCUCCUCGGCACCAUGGGCGACGGAACCCCCAACCCCAAGGACGACUUUGGCAAGCUCAUCACCAUCACCAUCGUGUGCAGCUUCUUCGGCCUUUUCUUCGUCACCCCUCUCCGCAAGUUCUUCAUCAUCCGCAUCGGUCGGGAGCUGAGACUUAUGUUCCCCAGCCCUACUGCUGUGGCCCUGACUAUCCAGUCCAUGCACGCCGGUGCUGCAGGCGCUGCCACUGCCGUCAAGAAGCUCAAGGCCCUUGGCAUUUCGUUCACUCUGGCUCUCGUCCAGAAGGUUGCCUCUCUCUACGCUACUGGUGUCUUGUACGAUUGGCACUUCUUCACCUGGAUCCACGUCUGGUCCAACUACACCAGCUGGGCCAUGCACAUUGAGAGCUGGGGCUGGUGGUUUGAGAUCACUCCUGCCUUUAUCGGUUCCGGUAUGCUCAUUGGCAUGAACAGUGCCCUGUCUAUGUUUGGCGGUGCUUUCCUCGCCUGGGGUGUCAUUGGCCCUCUCCUGGUCUUCACUGGCGAGUGUGCUGGCAAACUCCAGAUCCCUGACGACCCCCUGUGGAAGGAUUGGUACAGCUAUACCAGCCUUAAAAACCUCGGCCACACCACUCCCUCGCCCCGUUACUGGCUCCUGUGGCCCGGUGUCAUGAUCAUGGUCUGCACAUCCAUGGCUGAGCUGUUUGUCCAGUACAAGGUCAUCUGGUACGCUUUUAAGGUCGUCGGCCACCGCAUGUCUGUCAGCAUCAACGACUUCCUCGUCAAGCGUGGCAAGCACUCCGAGUUCUUCGCCAAGCGUGCCGCCCAGGACGUCAAGGGCACCGAGGAUAUGGUUGAGGAUCCCGCCACCCCUGAACAGCAGGUCCCUGUCGCCGUCUGGUCAAUCGGUCUGCUCGUCACCAUCGUGCUUGCCAUGCUCAUCUUCCACUUCCAGUGGGGCAUGCACCCUGGCUUGACCAUUCUGGCCUGCAUUCUCGGCUUCAUCUUCUCCUUCCUCGCCAUCCAGAUUGGUGCUGUCACAGAUCAGACGCCUCUUACCGCCGCCUCGAAAGCUUCUCAGCUCAUCUUCGGUGCUGCCACCUCUGGCAAGGGCUACACCAUCAAGGAUGCCCAGAGACUUAACCUGGUUGCUGGCAGUCUGGCCUCCGGUGCUGCGGACGUUGCCACCUCUCUCACUGGUGACUUCAGAACCGGCUUCCUGCUCGGCACCCCCCCUGUCAAGCAGUGGUACGCACAGGCUUGCGGUACUCUGAUCAGUGUCUUCUUGGCCCCUGGUCUCUUCGUUCUCUUCACUCAGGCGUACCCCUGCAUCCUCAAUGGCGACGACCACUGCGCUUUCGGCGUUCCCUCCGUUGCCGCGUGGGCAGCCGUUGCCAGCGCUGUCACCGACCCUGAGGUGCACAUCCCCCUGUCUGCCGGUAUUUUCGCCAUCGUCAUGGGUGUCUUUUCCGUCUGCCAGGUCGUCUUCCGCCACUACUACCUGGUUGGUGAGCGCGAGAAGUACCGUGUCUGGCUCCCCAACUGGGGUGCUGUCGCGCUUUCUUUCGUCUUGCCCAACCCCGUCUUCACCACCGCUGCCAUGUUUGGUGCCAUCAUCGCCAAGCUGUGGCGCCACUACAGCAUGCACACCUUCGACAUUUACUGCUACGCCAUUGCCGCUGGCUUCAUCGCCGGUGAGGGUCUGGGUGGUGUCGUUGGUGCCGUUCUCCAGAUUGCCAACGUCUCUGGUGAUGUCUACGGCACCACUGUGGGCUGCCCCGGUGGUUUUUGCUAA